AUGGCACCGACAGCAGAUGACAAACAUCAUUUAAGAUGGAGAGAUCCGAAUUUAGCCGAAGUCAUCGGAUUCCUAUCGAAUUCGAACAAUGUUAUCAAAGCGAAUGCUGCCGCCUAUUUGCAACACCUUUGCUACAUGGACGAUCCCAACAAGCAAAAAACUCGCUCUCUGGGAGGGAUACAACCUCUCGUUAAAUUAUUAUCAAUGAAAGUCCGGACGUGUGCAGAAACGCAUGCGGAGCUCUCAGAGAGAAAGAAAAAUGGGAAAAUGUGUGCAGCAUUUCAAAGUUUACUUUUACAAUCACUUGAAUAUCACGAGAAAGUUACAAAUUUAUCCUACGGACGUCAAAAUGACGAAAACAAAAGAGUCAUUAAAAACGCCGGAGGUAUCCCUGCCUUAAUUGGCCUCCUUCGUAAAACAAACGAUGCCGAAGUUAAAGAAUUGGUAACUGGCGUACUUUGGAACCUUUCUUCAUGCGAGGAUUUAAAAAGGUCGAUAAUUGAUGACGGUUUAACCGUAAUAGUUAAUCAUAUUAUAAUUCCACAUUCCGGAUGGGAUCCGACGUCUCCUGGUGACACGUGUUGGUCCACCAUGUUUCGAAACGCUUCUGGCGUUUUAAGGAACGUAAGUUCUGCUGGUGAAUAUGCCAGAAGAAAAUUAAGAGAAUGCGAAGGUUUGGUCGAUUCUCUCAUGUACGUAAUGAGAUGCGCGAUCGAAAAAUCCAACAUAGGAAACAAAAGUAUGGAAAAUUGUGUGUGCAUAUUGAGAAACUUAUCGUACAGGUGUCAAGAGGUUGAAGAUGAAAAUUACGACAAGCAACCGUUUCCGGCACAACAAGCGACAAAGCAACCUGCUCAGCAGAAAGGUGAAAAUCUUGGAUGUUUUGGAGCGAGCAAGAAAAAGAAAGAAAACAGCGUGACCGGAAGCGGUUCAGCCGGAGUGCCAGAUUCAAAGCAAGUUUCGAGAACGCAAAGGGGUAGCGAAGCCGUCAAGGGAAUGGAUCUCAUAUGGCAACCCGAGGUUGUUCAAUCGUAUUUACAAUUGCUUCAAAGUUGUUCGAAUCCAGAAACUUUGGAAGCGGCCGCAGGAGCUUUGCAAAAUUUAGCUGCGUGCUAUUGGCAACCCUCAAUCGAAAUCAGAGCUGCCGUACGGAAGGAAAAAGGUCUUCCCAUUCUCGUAGAAUUAUUACGAAUGGAAGUGGAUCGAGUGGUUUGUGCCGUGGCGACAGCACUUAGAAAUUUAGCCAUCGAUCAACGCAAUAAAGAACUAAUAGGAAAAUAUGCAAUGAGAGAUUUGGUUCAAAAGUUGCCAUCUGGAAGUCCUCAACACGAUCAAGGAACUUCCGACGACACGAUAGCAGCCGUUUUAGCAACGCUCAAUGAAGUUAUUAAGAAAAAUGCAGAAUUUUCAAGGUCUUUGCUCGAAGUCGGAGGGGUUGAAAGGUUAAUGUCAAUUACUAGGCAAAGACAAAAAUACACGGCAAGAGUCGUUAAGUUUGCAGGUCAAGUUUUAUUCACAAUGUGGCAACAUGCGGAAUUAAGGGAAGUUUAUAAGAAACACGGAUGGAAAGAAGCUGAUUUUGUUUCUAAAACAGUGGCAGCGAGGAAUGCUGGCCCUAAUUCGCCGAACAAUGUAAAUAGUACAUUAAAUAGGCCUAUGGCAAGUCAAGGCGGUACGAGAUACGAAGAUCGAACCAUGACAAGACCUCACGCCGGACCCUCAGGUUACAGAGGGGCGAGGGGGGAAGGUGACGAGCUUGCUAUGGGUGCUAUGAGCGAAGGUGAAAUCGUACCUCCAACCGGAGGAGUUAGGAUAUUUCCUCCAGGUCCCGCCACGCAUGCGAAACCUGGAGAGCCUCUGUAUGCUCAAGUAAAUCGUGAAAAGAAAAAAAAUCGUCAAUACGAGGGGGGAGGAGUUGAAGGUUUACCGGUAGGAACACCACAAUAUGAAGGCGAACACUGGCAGUACGAUGAAAGAAGGCCUGCCGGAGACGCCCGUCCACCUGCCGGAGGAGAUUCAUGGGUUUAG